AUGCACCGCGUCCUGCUUGUCGCCGAGCUCCUCGACAACAUCUUUGGCAACCUCAGCGCAGAGUUUGAAAGGCUAAUUGGUGGUCCUAAUGACGGGACCUUGCUCGCGCUUGCGACAACAUGUCGGACAUUUAAAGAGCCUGCGCUGAAUGCGCUCUGGGAAAAUCUUCCCGAAAUUGAUACUCUCAUCAAAUGUCUGCCUAGAGAUGCAUGGGAGGCUUCUGUGGAUCAAGAGACAAGAUGGGGCCGUCCAGCCAAUGCCUUUGUCGAAUUCAAACGGCCUCUGACACCCACAGAUUGGACCAUCAUCCGUAGAUAUGCCCCUCGCGUGCGGCGCCUCCACCAGGUAUCCCUGGACUCCCACAGGUCUUCCUACACCAAACUUUUGGUGCUCAGUCUUGCCCCUCCCGACAGCGUCCCGCUUCUUCCGAACUUGAAGGCUCUCGAGUGGACGGGGAUGCAGCCCGAUACCGCUCCUUUUGUGCGGACCUUUCUCAGUGCAUCUCUUGAGUCGCUCCAUUACGGCAUUGGCAGUACGAUACCCGACACGCACGUGCUUGCGUCCGUUGGUGCAUUCUGCCCUGCUAUCAAGGAUGCGAGUGUCUUCUCGUACAAGAAGAUUUCGGGUGGGAUCGAAGCUUUCUCAUUGUCGGUGUGCCGCUGGGAGUACCUCCAGGUGCUGCAGUGUGAGGAGCUGACGGACGACGCACUCGUUCACAUCGCAGGAUUACCGAACCUCCGAGAACUGCAUAUCACGUUGACUCCGGGGACGCCUUUCCGAGCCUUGAGGAUGCAAGUUCAAGGCAGCGUAUUCACGAAGCUGGCUUCUCUAGAUGUCAACGCAGCCGACUUGGGUUUUGUCGCAGCAUUCGUCAGCGCGUUUGAGCUAUCACCAGCCAACGUCACGAUGCUCGUUGCUGAAGAAGCCAACGCGUGCUCCGAUCGCGUUGCGGCUGUCCUGAAGGCACUCUCAAAGGUCGGGCGCGCUCUAAACCACGUAGAGAUCGCUGAAGAGGAGCUCUAUUGGUACUACAACCCUCCCGCCCACACGUUCACAGUGCGGAACUCUGUUAUCGAUAUGUCUACUCUCCGCCCGCUGCUCGGAUGUGCCGCGCUCCGCGUUAUCGAUCUCGACACUCGGUGUUCUGUGGUCCUUACCGAUGCUGAGCUCAUAGACCUGGCGCGGGCGCUGCCCCUUCUCGAGACGCUGUCUGUCAACUCGAUGCGCGGCUGGAACGCACCCGCGGCGGUCACGUUUUACGGUGUUCUUUCGGUCGCACGCCUGUGCCCCUGCCUCACCCGUCUGGGUAUUCAAUUCGACGGGAUGUCGACGGAGAAGAUACACCCUCCAGAAGGAGCCUCUGCUCAUGAUAACGAAGAGGGUGACGGCAACUUCAACCUCGAGGAGCUGUGGGUCGGGAACUCGCGCGUCGAUGACCCGGAGACGGUGGCGACGAUUUUGUACGAUGCGAUGCCGGGGCUGAGACGCGUGUUUGGGUGGUGCUCGCCGCCGGGACUGGGGGAUGAGGAAGACGAGGCGUGGCGAAUGGAAGAGGAGGUGUACGGUCGGAGAUGGAAAGAGGUUGAGGCUAUUGUUGCUCAGUUCCGCCGUGAAGACAACGAGGAUAGUAGCACCUCAAGUGGGGCUGCGGAGCUGAGUGCAGAUGAAGACACUAAUAUGGGCGAGGAGGAGUAGAAAUUCCGUAGAGAUGACGGUGGCGUCGCGGAGGAAACUAAGGGUACGAUGAGGGUGGUCUAUGUCGACGCUGGUGUACGUCCUUUUCAAUGCACACCAUCACUGUACUGUAAUCCUAUGUCGGGUGCUUCUGCAGUAAGUGCGUUGCCUCAAGUACCAAU